CAAUAUUGAACAUUAUGUUUCAGAAUAAAAUGGCAAGUGGCGGUUCUGGUGCAGUAUUCUUUCUAGGCACGCGAGCGCAUUACCAGGUCCUAAACCAACCGGAAAGUCGUUACGACGCAGAAAACGGCAACGCUUCAACAGAGACCAUCUACCAGAACCCGUCGGUACAGGAACUGUGGCCGGCAGACAAGCAGCGCGAUGAUAACGAGCGCUGGUACUGCGAGCAGGACGUUACUGUGAGUGAGGAGAAAGAGAAGUCGGAGAGCAUGCUGCGCUCGCGCCGGCGACAGAGCACCGCUGCGCUCUGCGACGCGGAGGAUAUGAAGCCCGCGCUACUCAACUCUGUGGGGAAUAGUGGUCCAACAAAAUGCGCCAAAGGUCGCGGCACUCUCCUCGCGCUGCUGUGGUCACUCGCGCGGCGCAAGAGACGCGCCGGCGACCACGACGAGAUCUAUCUGCGGCACAUCGACAACGCGCUCACCAGCAGCUGCACGUACAGGGAGAGCUGCCGCUGCCUGGAGUGUCAGGUAAGUGGGGAGUACCACCAGUGCUGCUGUGACGAGAUCUAUCUGCGGCACAUCGACACCGCGCUCACCAGCAGCUGCACGUACAGGGAGAGCUGCCGCUGCCUGGAGUGUCAGAGCCGCUACUUCGAGUGCGAUGAAGACAGCGAAGACUACAGCUCUGAUGAUGACAGCUACGUGGCGCAGUACGUGGCGGAGGCUAUAGAGCAUCACCACGAGCCCGCAGCUGAUGAUGACGAUGAUGAUGAUGAGGUGUUCGUAGACACAGUUCCCGGCGACAACACAUCAACAGACCUUCUUCUAGAUAAGAAAAUGUCUGUCUCCUCCGACGAAGCGACCACGACGGAACCCGACGCCGAGGAUAAGUUGCAACUAGAAGUGGCCGCGGGCACUCCUGUGCUACUCAACUAUUUACUUACACAUCCAAUCACUUGUAAUAUACAGUGAGGAAACGAUGACUAGCGGAGAUGUCAUAACGCUAAAUCUGCUAAGAAGGUAGCGUGACAACAUGCGGGUGUUUGAUGGACGAAAACGUUACUAACUUCGCUCUUACACGCCUUUUUUGUCAACGUAAAAUCACCAAUCUUUGACAUAUUGGUUUUGAUUUGACAAGGAACUUGAAUGUCUCGUUAGUUCUAGUAACUUAUCACGCCUACUAUACGUUGCUUGACCUUGCUUUUAACGACGUCAAAAAUCAUCAAAUGAUCCCUCCCGCUGUGGGUUAGCAGGGAUGAGGGAGUGUCAGACUCUUACUGACUAAAAACCGUCGUGUUCCGUCGUAGGCCUUUUAUGUGUGUAUCUCUUCGAACAACCCGCAGCCCCGGCAGACCUAUAAGAAGGCCUGACUUACCUUCCUUAUGGCAUCUCCGUUCAUCUUUAUGUCUGUGGUACAGAGUUCCAAGGUUAUGUUUGACAGAUGACGCGAAGAUGUGAGAUGGAAAAAGUUUUUAUUUAAAUGGUGGAAUCAAAAGAAGUAUUAUUUUAAAUCAUGUGUGAUGAUGGAUGAUAAUUCUGGCCAUUUUGCGGGAUUUUAUUGUAGUUUUUGCUAAAUUAUUAUUUUCUUGAAAUGUUAUAUAGUGAGUGUUGUGUGUCUGUGGUACAGAGUUCCAACGAAUAUAUUGACAGGUGUAUGUGGAAAUGGCGGGAAAAGAAAAAAAAUCUGGUAAAUUAUUUACUCAUAUGUCUAGUGAGUAAAUUAAUUUGCCUAUGUAACUGUAGAAAUCAGAAUAGUGUUAAUUUCAAACUGAAUUUUGUGGUUUGAGGUCUGAUAAGUCUCAAGUUUGUCUGAGAAUUCUGACAUACAAGCAGAAAUUGUCAGAAUGCCUUUAUUUUAAAGGGAAGUUUGCCAUUUGACGCCUGAAAAACGUUAAAUAUUUGCCUAAUGCUGCUGCAAUUUAUUAAUAAGUUAAAAAUGAGUUGUUUCAAAUUGUACCUAAGCUGUAAAUGUAGAUAUAAGUCGCCAAACUUUUUGUCGUCAUGAAUCAUUCCGCGAGAUGUAGGUAGAUACGUCGUUGUACCAUAUUGACAGUUUAAAAUACUCUAGGUACAUUACAUCUCUAAAAUAGCUUUAUAUGUAAGUAGUAAGCAAAUAGAAUAGAAAUCCUGAAAUAAGAUAGAAAUAUUAAUAUUGUCUUUGCUUGAUUACGAAGUUAACGCUACCUAACGAAUAGAUAAUAUAAUUAAAUCUUUAAUUAACUAAGUCUAAAAAUAUCGAAGUGUGUUUUAAAACGGCUUAAACAAGAAGGUUCUUAGUUUUACCUGUACCUAUGUACAAAUGAAUGUUUGAGCGCGAUUUUCUCACGUUUAGCCGAACCGACUUUGAUGCGGUGUUCAGCAUAGUAUUGACAGACUGAGGAGAAGGUUUUAGGUAUAUUGUUGAAGUCGGUUUACUUUUGUGUAA